CCCUUUGGUCCCUCUCCCUCCCCCGUCCGCCCUGCACUCUCCAGCUCAACAAGGAAGAAGAGGGGGCCUUCACCACACCACUCGAUUCCUCUUUAGAGCACGACUUACGAAGUGUGCCCAGGCCGUCGCCGCCGACCAGCAAAAGGGCUGGAAAGCCCCCCUCUUUUGUGCUGUGCGUGCAACUCGGCUCCUGCCCUGCCAUCUUGCUUUCCAAGACCCCUGCGCCCCCAGUCCCAUAAUUAGUUAGGAUUAGGAUCACCACCAUUUCCAAAUCCUUGCAGAGCUGCCGAAGCGCGGAUCACAGAUGAAGAGGCAAUCCAAGAGGCCCACCGCCAGCCGCGAAUCCCCAGAAACAGGGGAGAAGCAGAAGCUGGCGUUCGCGGAGGAAGAGGCCCCGCCGGCGCGGAAGGUGGAGCCCGACGACGAGGCCGAGAUGGACGAGGACGAGGACGAGCUGGGCCCGGGCCUGGGCGGCGGGCGCGCGGCGCGGUCGCCGUGCGGGCUCGGGGAGAAGAAGCGGCGCCUGGCGCUGGAGCAGGUGCGCGCGCUGGAGCGCUGCUUCGAGACGGACAACAAGCUGGACCCGGACCGCAAGGCCCGCAUCGCGCGCGACCUCGCGCUGCAGCCGCGCCAGGUCGCCGUCUGGUUCCAGAACCGCCGCGCCCGCUGGAAGACCAAGACGCUCGAGCGCGACUUCGCGGCGCUGCGCGCGCGCCACGACGCCCUCCGCGCCGACUGCGACGCGCUCCGCCGCGACAAGGACGCCCUCGCCGCCGAGAUAAGGGAGCUGAGGCAGAAGCUGCUGCCCAAGCCGGAAGCCACGGUGAAGCUGGAGGCGACGACGGGCAAUGACACGGCGGAGGAGCGCCGCCAGGCGACGGCCGGCGCGCCGCCCGCGGGGGCCUGCAAGGACGGCUCCUCGGACAGCGACUCCAGCGUGGUCUUCAGCGACGUCGAGGCGUCGCCCUACUCCGGCGGCGCGGCGUUCGAGCCGCCGGCCUUGGCCGGGCUCGGCGCGCCGUUCCUGGACACGUCGGUGGCGCCGACGGGCUGCUCGUCUCCCCCCGUUUUCGUCGAGACCAAGUGGCAGCAGCACGGGCCGACACAGUACCCGUUCCCAUUCGACUCGUACAAGGCCUGCGCCGGCUAUGGCUUCACGGAGGAAUGGCUCGCCAGCUCGGACCUCAUCGGCAGCGACGGCGGCGCGGCGGGGUUCUUCUCCGAGGAUCACGCCUCCAGCCUCAACUUCAACUGGUGCCCGAGUGGCAUCCAGGGCUGGGAGUGAAGAGGGGUUUUUGAUCUGCACGGCUAGUGUAAAAAAACCGAUGUUACGGUGGCAUUUGUACAUGCAUGGAACUGGAGUCUAGUGACCUGGCCUGGCGAGUGUGGUGUGGCCAAAGCUAGAGGACAUCCAGCGCAAAAGGCGGGAACAGGAGCAGUAGUAGCCUGUAACAAUAACGGAAUAACUUGAGCCAGGCUAGUAAAAAAAGAGGAUGUAAAUGUAAAAAGAGGCUGUCGCACCACUACGGCACUAUCACUUGGAUGC